GUCGCAGUUGUGUGUUUUGAAUGUUGCGGAGGCGUAGUUUCACUAACUUCGGAACUUUGUGAUAUGGACACUGUGUGGUGAAUGUGUUGUAAUAAUAUAUAGCAGUUUGUUGUCAUUUGCUGACGUCGCAGUGCGAAAGCUAUGUCCAAAAUGUUGAAGAGGAAAUUUGAUGACGACAUGGACUCGACCUCUGGAGGAAGAGCUAAGCAAGACGAAUUGGAGGUGACAGGUGUUUCGCGCUCAGGUCGAGUUCGCAAGAAGUCUUCAAAACUGAUGGAUUUUGAAUCGCCUGAUGAUAUUGACAAUCGGUAUAGGCGACGUGGUGGCGACUCAUUCAGUUCUCCUGUUGCCGGUAGCAGUGGCGGCAGAGGGCGAGGCAGGGCAUCGUCCACAUUACACUCAGACCGCACAACAUCCAGUUCUGGUGUCCAUCAUCGUGAUACCUUGUCAAAUGAUGGGGGAGAUGAUAUCUAUUCAAGUUCAGAUGAGUUCACAGGAGAUGUUCAAGAUGAUGAGUCCAGUUCCAGUUCUUCAUCAUCUUCUGAUGAUGAAGCAGCAUCUGACGAAGAUCGACUUGUGGAAGAACGUAAUACAACAGCCAUCCCCGAUGAAAGCAACAGCCGGACAGGUGAUGAAGGACCUUCAGGCUCAGGAACAGCAUCUCGUGGAGGUCAGUCACUGUAUAUGCUCGAGAAAUCAACUAAGAAGAAACUUGUGGUGCGAGAUGGUCGUGUAGUUGGACGUACUAAAGCACAACGGAAGGAUAAAGGCAAAACACGGUUCACUGCCUACAUGCUUUGGGCAAAGGAGGUUAGGCAGGAAAUACUGCGUGCUAAUCCCGACACAGACUUUGCUACUAUUAGUAAGCGUCUUGGUGAGCUCUGGGCAACAGUACCCAACAACGAGAAGUAUGCUUGGAAAAGGCGUGCUAAACGUGUCGCUUUGACCAAGCCUGGAUCAGAUGCAUCGGCACAGAGUUCUGUAACUCAAGGAGUUGGCGGAUCAAGUCAGCAGACGGACGGUGGUCGCUGGCGGACUUCUGGGUCCCGCUCGAAGUUCAUCAAUAAAGCUGGUGGUGGAUCCUCAUUAUCGGGUGCAACAUCAGGGGCAGCCGCUAGGCAAGAAAGUGGCACUACUACUGGAGGAAUGUCAGUGACUGGCGCAGUUGGAAGUGGUUCACGCAGUAGUGCAGGUACAUCAGCAUCAAGUGGAAGUGCACGCCACCACCAGCAACAGCAGCAACAGGUUGCAGAUUCAAAGGCUGGAGCUGCAGCAGGCGCAUCUGGUGGGCGGGGACUGGUAGCUGAGCCUGCAGUGGGACCCGGCCUAUACAAGGUCGUUGGCACACAGCCUGUGGACGUGGCAGCUCAUCUGAAGUUGCUCGGGGAAUCACUCGGCAUUAUUGGUGAACGCCUGAAAGAACAUGAGGGUCAAAUUGCUGUUUCUGGUAGCCUAUCUGUCUUGCUGGACUCACUUCUGUGUGCUCUUGGCCCUCUCAUUUGCCUGACGCGGCAGCUGCCAGAAACCAACAGCUGUCCACCGGAGAUGCUGUCGAAACUGCUUGACAACAUUGCCUACUUUAUGCCAGGCCUCUAGUGGUAAAAGGAGAGGUGUACUUCCUUGCCAAAGAAGAGAAUGGCUGCAGACUGUGAAGGUUUAUAAAGACCUGAGGAACUUGUCACACUGCCUUGGAGAUGUGCAUGGAGGGCACUGUGAAAUUAGUGCACCUACCAGUAGUGGAACUGAUUUUUAUGAGUACAGUUAUGACAGGUUUUUCAGUGUAGUUUUGUUAGGAGCCACUUAAUGUAUGCAAACAUCAGUCCCAAAGGAUGCAUGUCAGAUGGUGGAAUCUGAAAAAUACUUCAGUUUUGGAAACAGGUUGAUGCUAAUGUUUUAGGUGUACUAGAGGAGGUGCCACUAGUAGGGAGAACAACAAAUGUGCUUUAAACAUUCAAGGGAGACCAAGCACUUGCCCUGCAUGAGUAUAUGUUGAAACCAUGCUUUGGUGAACACACAUGACAGCUGGUUGAAAGUGUUUUCAACUACAGAGUCGGUAGAGCUAGGGGGUGGUAGUGAACAUUUUGAGAAUUACGCCUGCAGUUUUUCUGAUGUUGAGAAAACUUUUGCUUCUGAGUUCAUAGACAGCAUGCACAUAUCUGCAUAAUUUUUUAAGAAAAAGUCAGAGCUCGAUACACUUGUACACACUAAUAGGACCAAUUGACAACAAAACUCAAAAUUGAAGUGUGGUUCUUGCCAGCUGGUGGCAAGGUAGUGAACACAAGAGAUCAUUUUUAUGUGUGAGACCUGUGCCUUGAAAAUCUUCAAAGAAACAUGCAGAAAUUUAAAAUAGAUUUGCACAACAUUUUAACUCAGAUGGGUGAGUCACCUGACAAGACAAUUGUGAUUAAUCUGUAUUUAUGUAUGUGCAAAGGUUCAGUUAAAGACAAUAACUAAACUGUGAA